AUGCCCGCGGUGCAAAGACAUACGAUUUUGCAGAUGGCAACACUAGUGAGCAUAUUGAUGCACUCAUUGUCCGCUGGCGAAGACCCCUUCGGUAUCGUGAGGAGGGAUUUGCACAGGAUGGAUGCUCUACUUCGGGAAAUACCCAAGGUAGAGGACAAGGAUGCGUGGAGCGCUGCUGAGCCGACUGGGGUACCGGAGGACUUCCCGGACUGUACAUGUCGCCGAUGGCGUUCGUCCAUGAAGGGCAGAUCUCAGAUUGUGUCUGCUUAG